AUGGACCCACCGUCAAAUCCCACUCCUCAACCCCCAACCCAAAGCGUCAUCCCCUUUCAACCUCAACCCAAUCCUAAGGGAGGCAUCAAUGCCGUCACCCUAAGAUCCGGAACACAAUUAAAAGAGAAGGGAGCAAAGGAUUCAAAUCCCAUCCAAACCGCUCAAGGGGAGGAGGGAAUAGAUAUAGAAGAGGUAGUGGAAGAAGAGACACCACAAGUCAUAGUUGAGAAUGAAGAAGCUCAACCAACAAAAGAGACCCCCAAGACGAAGAGAACCUUGGAAGAAGAAAUUGCUCAACCACUCCCAUUUCCAACACUUGCAAAGAAAGCUAAGAAGCGCAUAGAACUCGACCCCAAAAUGAUAGAAAUGUUCAAAAAAGUCGAGGUAACCAUCCCCCUCUUUGAUGCUAUCCAUCAAGUCCCUAGAUAUGUAAAAUUCCUUAAAGAUCUAUGCAUGAACAAGGACAAAAUUCUUGAAUUGGAAACCAUCCCAUUGGGGAGUUCUAUUUCCGCUUUAAUGGGAGCAUUACCCGAGAAGUGUGACGACCCGGGCCCUUGUAUGGUCACUUGCACCAUCAAUGGAGUUCGAUCCCUAGAUUGUAUGUGUGAUCUCGGCGCAUGUGUUAGCAUUAUGUCGCUCUCCGUUUACCAAGUAUUGAAGUUACCACCGCUAAAGAGGUCGGCGGCGAGAUUUGUCCUAGCGGAUAAAAGCAUAAUAACCGUAGCGGGUGCGGCGGAAGAUGUAUUGGUGAAUAUUAAAGGGUUGGUGUUUCUGAUUGACUUCUAUGUCCUUGAGAUGCCAUCAAAUGAACCCGAGAGAGCAUCAUCUAUCUUACUUGGAAGACCAUUUUUGAGAACUUCUAGAUUUAAGCUAGACGCCUACUCGGGAACCUACUCAUUUGAGAUAGAUGGGAGAGUCAUGAGUUUUAGCCUAGAAGAAGCAAUGAAGCAUCCACCGGAGAAUCACUCUCUAUUCGGGUAUGACCCAAUCGACAACAUUGUUACCGAAGUGCACCUUGCAAAGUUGGAUGAGAAGUGCAUGAUUGAAGAAGCAAAUGAAGAUCCAAGCAAACUAAACACCACACACCACACAAACGAUCCGGAAAUCCAAAUUUCAAAUCAUGACAAAAAGAUGGAAUCGAAGUCGCUACCACCCCACCUAAAGUACUCAUAUCUUGAUGAAGCCCACAAGCUCCCCGUGAUAAUUGCAAAAGAGCUAACCCCUCAACAAGAAGAAAAGUUGCUAGAUGUCUUGAGAAAAAACAAAAGGGCAAUCGGGUGGAGUUUGGCGGAUCUAGUGGGAAUAAGCCCCCAAGUAUGCGAGCACCGCAUAUUUCUUGAAGAUGGAGCAAGACCGGUCCGACAACCUCAAAGGAGACUUAAUCCAACCAUUCUUGAGGUUGUGAAAAAGGAAGUCACUCGGCUACUUGAGGCGGACAUCAUCUAUCCCAUCUCGGAUAGCGAGUGGGUAAGCCCGGUCCAAGUGGUGCCAAAGAAAUCCGGGGUGACCACAAUCAAAAAUGAAAGCGGUGAACUUAUAGCAACAAGGGUGAAAAAUUCUUGGAGGAUGAUUCUUGUGGCCUUGAUUGAUAGUUACUUGUGGCUUGACUUGGGCUUGUGA